AUGUUCCAUUUCACGCUUUUUGACAUCGUUGGGCAUUUGCAGUUUGGCGAGGAAUUGGGCGUCUUGCGAACAGGAGCACAUAAAUCGUGGGUACACAGCCAGCACAGGCUGUUACGUGCCGCGACUUUAUUAUCAGCUCUCGCUGAAUUCUCCUGGAUUAACCUUUUGUUCCGGUCGACCAUACCCUGGAUGUCGAAAUGGCUCCGCAAGGCUUACUUCAAGCCUUCGAAUGACCUCAUAGAUCGUCGGCUUCAGUUGGAAAGCGACGAACCAGACCUUAUCGGCCUUGCAUUUCGCAACAGUCGCAGCUUGUCGUUGACUGAAAAAGACAUCCGUGCCAACGCCCACAUUAUGAUGACUGGAGGAGCAGAAACGACCACAGCGCUCAUGACAGCCUUAACUGCAUAUCUCCUUCAGCACCCUGAGUGUUUUGCGCGUCUCAAAAAUGACAUUCGCACAGCAUUUCACGAUAAGAGCCAGGUAUCUCUGGAAUCAGUGUCGAAUCUCGCUUACUUGGAUGCCUGUAUCAAGGAGGCUUUAAGGCUGUAUCCCCCGGUCCCUGGAGCUUUACACCGUGCUACCCCUGCAGGCGGGGCGCACAUAGCCGGUCGAUGGGUCGCAGGAAACACGCGGGUCUAUAUUCCAAUUUUCGCAGCCACACAUUCCCCCACUCACUUCUGGAACCCUGACAAAUUUAUUCCUGAUCGCUGGCUAGAUGGUGCAGGGGGACCGUACCAGAAAGAUAAUAAAGCGGCAUUCCAUCCAUUUUCCACAGGCCCGCGGGGUUGUAUUGGUCAAGACAUGGCAUAUGCCAUGACAAAAAUACCCCUGGCUCGCAGGUCAUCGUUCAUGGACAACUUGGGAAGUGCCACCACUCAUGUAAGAACCAAGCACAACGAAUACAUGGCAACCUGCACAGAGAAAUAUUCUCCAACCCCGACCGAAGUCUUCCAAGACCAUAUCGCGUCAAAUGAAAGUGACACCGCGACUCUCUCUUGGGAUGACGAUAAUGAUCCCGAAAACCCCUACAACUGGUCAGUGGGACGGAAAUGGACCCUGACAUGCCUCGCUGCUUUCACUACCUUCCUGGCGAUGAUGAACGGAACCAUCAUUACUGUGGCACACUUUGAGAUCUCAGAACACUUCCAUGUCAACGAGGAUGCAUUUCCUAAUUCUUACUGGCCGGUAACAACAUGGGCUACUGGUGGCGCCUGCUCAGCUUUAUUCAUUCUUCCCCUAGCAGAGGAUUUCGGGACGAGGCCUAUCUUCCUCACAACAUAUCUAUUAUUUAUUUGCUUCCUGGUGCCUCAAGCCGUUGCUCAUAACUUCGCAACAUUAGUGGUCACCCGCUUUUUCGCCGGCGGCUGUGUCGCUAUCCUGGCCAAUACCGCCGCCGGUGUUGUCGGAAAUCUAUGGAGCACUGAGUGGUCCAGGUCCAUCCCAGUCAGUCUAUAUAUUCUCGGUUACAUGAGCGGCAGCAGUACAGGCCCCGUGAUUGGCGCUGCGAUAUUCCACUCUUUAGGCUGGAGGUGGAUUAGCUAUAUGCAGCUCAUUUGGUUCGGGGCUCUCUUUCCAAUCUAUUACUUCUUCCUUCAUGAGUCGCGUGGCAGCGCGAUUCUUGCACGACGAGCACGACGUAAUCGCAAGAAUGGCGACGAGACCAGCGGUUAUGCAGGGAGCGGGGAUGUUUCCUCUCGUUUGAACCUGCAUAGUCUUGUAGUCAGCGCGACAAGACCGGUGAUUUUAUUUUCUACGGAGCCGGUUCUCUUCGUGUCGACCCUUUGGUCCGCUUUCACGGUGGGAACUCUUUUCCUCUUUACCCAGUCCGUUGAGCAGGUGUUCAUGGGCCUAUAUAACUGGGACGUUUCACAAACCGGUUAUGUUCAAUGCGCCAUCGUCAUCGGAGAAUGUCUAGGCUGGCUAGUGAACUUCCUUUCUCGGAAGCUCUAUUUCGCGUCUGCUUCCAGAAAUACCGAGGUUCCGGGAACUCCAAUCCCAGAGGCGAGGCUAUACAUGGCUGUGGUGGGAGGGGUUCUUGGUCUCUCGGGCGGUAUGUUCAUCUAUGCUUGGACUUCAUAUUCGAGUCUUCCAUGGAUUGCACCUACUGUUGGCUUGGCCUUGGUAGGUGCUGGCAGUGUUUGUGUCGUGACUGGAGUAUCAGACUAUGUGGUCGACUCUUAUAGUCAGUUCUCGGGAAGUGCCAUGGGUGCUGUUGCUGCGGGGGAGAAUGUCUUCUCUGCUUUCUUGCCCCUCGCAACGAUGAGCAUGUACCGGGUGCUAGGAUAUCAGUGGGCUAGUACGCUACUUGCCUUUAUUUGCUUGGUGUUGUCGCUUAUACCUACAUUGAUGUUUGUCUGGGGGAAGGAGGUACGUGCGCGGAGUGCUUUUAUGAAUGAGAUGGCGAAUGAUGCAACGAAGAAACGGUCAGAGGUUGUUUAA